AUCUCUACACAAUCCUAGCUAGUAUUUGUUUCACCUAUAUAAACAGAGUCUUGAACAAAGCUAUAAGCACAAAAAUUCACUCAAAGCACAAGCAUUUUAAGAACAUAUAUAGCUUCAGUUUCAUACUUGUUAAUUAUUCUACAAGAUGGCAGAGCAACAAAGUCAGUCACAGGAGGAGAAUGUAAACAAGGGUGCAGCUCCAGAGAGUAGUGACCGUGGGUGUGGAUUGUUCAAUUUCAUGGGAAAGAAAGAAGAGAAUAAGUCCAACGAUGACACUGUCAUGGUUGAUGUUGUUGACACUACUACUCCCUAUCCCAAUGUAGAACCACCAAAGGAGAAGAAAGAGGAGGAGGAGAAGCACAGUCUCAUGGACAAACUUCACCGCACUCACAGCAAUUCAAGCUCGUCGAGCGAUGAGGAAGUGGACGAGGUUACUGGAGAGAAGAAAAGGAAGAAGAAGGGACUGAAAGAGAAGAUCAAGGAAAAGAUUUCCUGUGAUCAUAAGGAAAGUAGUGAGCAAAAAGUUGAAAUGGAGAACUGCACUGGUCAUGUGGCUGGUAAUGCUAAUUAUGCAGGAACAACACACGAAGAUCAAGAAAAGAAAGGAAUAAUGGAGAAGAUAAAGGACAAACUUCCAGGUCACCACAACAAGACUGCUGCAGAUGAGCAAGUCUAUGGAGGUGAUCAAACAAAAGAGAAGAAAGGAUUACUUGACAAAAUCAAGGAGAAAUUGCCUGGACACCACAAGAAUACUGAGGAUCAUGAGGAGAAGCACAAGUCCAACUGAAAAUCAUGAGAAUCAUUCAAGGCAUGCAUUUAGCUAGCUUAUGGACUAUAUGCACCGUCGACCCAACUUGUUUGUGACUAAUAUAUUAAUCGAGGCUUAGUAAUUGUUGUUAUUGUUGUACUGUUUACCUGCAGAUAGCAGUUCACUUGUAUGAAUUUGCUUUUAAUUACUGUUAAUGUUUUCAUUUGCUUAGUCUUGUUUGGAGUAGUAAUGUGAUCCUUGUAAUUGGCCUCACGUGCCAUUGCCUUUUUUUAUAAUUAUUGUAUGUUA